AUGAGUUCAUUAGACCAAGUUAAUGGUGCUUUCUUUUUUGUAUAUGGUUGUGGUGGUACUGGGAAGACAUACUUGUGGAAUGCUUUGACUUCAUCAUUGCGUGGUAGAGGUGAUAUUGUAUUAACAGUUGCAUCUAGUGGAAUUGCAGCUGCCCUAUUACCAUCAGGCAGGACCGCACAUUCAAGAUUUGUUAUCCCUAUUCAAGUUAAUGAGUUCUCUAUUUGUGGGAUCAAGCAAAACUCUCCACUCGCUCAUCUACUUCAAAAGACAAAACUAAUCAUAUGGGAUGAGGCUCCAAUGGUUCAGCGGUAUUGUGUUGAAGCCGUUGACAGAACAUUGCAGGAUAUUAUGCAUUGCACAUCUCCAUUUGGAGGUAAAUGCAUCAUUAUGGGAGGUGAUUUUCGUCAAAUACUACCUGUUAUACCAAAAGGAUCAAGAGCAAAUAUUGUUGAUGCAUGCAUCAAUUCUUCUCCAUUAUGGCAACAUUGCACCAUAUUCAAGUUAACAAAGAACAUGCGGUUGUCUUCAUCAUCAACAUCAAACACAAAAGAAAAAUUAGUAUGGUUCUCACAAUGGUUGUUGAACGUUGGUGAUGGAAAAAUAGGUGUUUCAGAUGAUGGUUCUACUGAAAUUGAAAUCCCAUCUGAACUAUUGAUACAACAUGGUAAUGAUCCUAUACAUGCCAUUGUUGAGUCUACUUAUCCAAGAAUCAUGGAUAACUUAGAUUCAAGGGAAUAUUUCAAUGACAGAGCGAUUUUAGCCCCAACGAUUGAGAUCGUUAAUAUUAUUAAUGAUCAUAUGUGCAAGUCUCUGCCUGGGGAGUCAUAUGAGUAUCUUAGUUAUGAUUCUGUGUGUAAGACAAAUGAUAACAGUGAUAGCUUUGACAAUUUAUACACGACAGAAUUUCUUAACACUAUAAGUAGCUCAGGCAUGCCUCCUCACAAGUUAAUAUUAAAAGUUGGUGCUCCAAUAAUGUUGCUUCGUAAUAUUGAUCAAGCUUCAGGAUUAUGCAAUGGAACACGUCUUCGUAUAUCUAAGCUGUGUAUAUCAGUUAUAGAGGCUAUUACUUUAAAUGGGUGCAUGCCUAAUCAGAAGGUCCUAAUUCACAGGAUGGAUAUGAAUCCUUCAGAAAAUAGAUGGCCAUUCCGCAUGCAACGAAGGCAAUUCCCCAUAACCCUCUCUUUUGCUAUGACAAUCAAUAAAAGUCAAGGGCAAUCACUGCGACAUGUAGGGUUAUACCUAAGGAAGCCUGUUUUCACACAUGGUCAAUUGUAUGUUGCAUUAUCUAGGGUGAGAAGUAUGGAUGGGUUGAAGAUUUUGGUUAGUGAUGAAGUUGAAGGUCAAGUGAAAACAACUACAAAUGUGGUUUACAAAGAAGUGUUUAGGAAUGUGUAG